UCGAGCGUUCAUUCACUACGGAUUUGUUGAGUUACCCUGAUCUCUCUGCAGUUUUAUAUUUCCUGAACAAACCCACUUGCGUUUUGCUUUUUAAAGUCGCUGCAUGCGUAAAGUGUUUUUCUAAGCGUCUCCAGGUGCGCGGACAAACUCUUCUCGUUAAAGCUUUUGUUGUUGUUUUUUGUUGGUGUUUUUUUUUGUUGCACAACUUACCUGAGUUGUGUUUCCACUCUGCACGCCUCCACUCCUCUCCACCAUGGAUUUGGUUUGGAUUGUGGGCUUCGUUGUGAGCGUCUGCGCCUGGUUUGCUUCAGCGGAGCGGCACAGCGUCUACUGGAACAGCACGAACCCAAAGUUUCUAUGGGAUGACUACGCUGUGGAGGUGAAGCUCAAUGACUAUCUGGACAUCGUCUGCCCCCAUUACCCUCAGGGUGAGGUGCCAUUGCUGGAUGCUGAACGAUACGUGCUCUACAUGGUGGAGCAAGAGGACUAUGAAUCCUGCAAGCCCCAAUCUUACGAUCAGAUGCGCUGGGAGUGUGGCCAUCCCUUUGCUCCUCAUGCCCCUGAGAAGUUCUCAGAAAAGUUCCAGCGUUUUACUCCAUUUACUCUGGGAAAGGAGUUCCGCCAAGGAGAAAGCUACUAUUAUAUCUCCAAACCUUUGCACCACCAUGGACAGGAGUGCCUCAAGCUCAGGGUGGACGUUGUAGCUGCUGAUGGCUCUCAAGAGGCCAGAGUGGCUAAAGGAGACACAGGUGGGGCUGUAGUUGGAGCUGGGGGUGGGGUUCACAACCCAUCCAACAGACUGCCUGCAGCAGAUGACCCAGUGGUAAUCCUGCCAGACGUCCAGAAGAGUGUACGGACAAACUCUGCAGUGGCAGCUACAUCCCUUUCAAUCCUUUCAUUGCUAGUCCCAUUUUCAUUACUGCUAUUGUUGCACUGAGAGUACAUGAAAGGACUGCUGUUGGCAGAAUUUUUUUUUUUUUCAGGGACUACAAUGAAGACAGUCCGUGGGGAUGAAACCACUGACUCAAAAAGACAGUUUUCCAUGCCCAGUGCAGGCCACAGGGAGAGACUUUUGAAGCUUGUAAAGUACAGAUGGACUCACUUGCACUACAUGUGCUGAGUAACUCUGAGCAUUUGAGACAAAGAAUAUUUGCUUUGUCUUAUUUUUCAAAAGGUGACAGUAUUUUUUUUCUUGGAAAGACCAAGCUCUUCUUGAUUUGUAUUUUUUAGGGCUCUCUCCAAAAAAGACAUGAACUUCUUUGGAAGAUAACCCGAGAAGAAAAUAUGAAGAAGUUGAAGAGGAACCUAAAAUGGCAGAAGAACAAUCAAGAGCAAAGACGCCAACUCUGUUUGAAUUCUAAGAUAUACGUUUAGCUGGAAUAAAUCCACAUCCAAUGAUAAAGUAAUCUCUUACCUUUUGAGCCAAAGAUCAGUCAUCUCUCCAACUUGUACACUAUUCCACCCUUGAGUAUUGUGUACUAUCUGUUGUAUUGUUAUUGUAAUGGUAUUGAGUGGCAUUGAUGUCCCAAGUGAUUACUUUCUCUAAAUGUAGCAUUGACAGACACAGGGGAUGUUCUCAUGACUACCAUUCCUUUGCAAACGCGACCAUGUGCUUAUACACUGUAGCACUAAAUACUGCACAGUACAAACACACACUACACAACGGUGUUACACACUGUCUCACACACACUGACAUACAGUAACACAUUAAAACACUACAUUGAACUGUGUUAGGUGUACAUUCUGUGAAGAUAAUUUAUAACAUUUGCAGCUGAGAAGUUUUACUGUAUAUACCAUGUGCUCACGAAAACAAAUGUUUACUGUUGGUAAUGGGGAGAGCUUUUUUCUCUCUGUCCUGGUAGAGUUAGUACUUGUGUGAAAGCGAAAAUGUGUGAGUUGAAGUGAGAGUAAGAAAAUGUGCGCAACCAAGGGAGCGAUUGAUUGAAAUAGUGAUGAGACAAAAUGUUUUUCUGCCAAAAGCAAACACUGAGAUGUUGUGUGUAUCACAGAGAGGCUGGAUUUCUCUGUUUGUUGGAUCUUGCCCCUGUAUUGGUUAAACUGUCUGACAUGAAGAGCUGGUAUCAGAUCUUUAUUACUACAGGACCCAACCCUGUGCAUCAUGGUGCUUUCCUUCAUGUGAAGUAAUCAGCUAUUUAGACUUUCAGAAUAAUUAUCACAGUUUUGGAUCAUUUGAAAAUGUUAGUCACCAGUUCACAAUCACAACAGACAAGACACGGCAUCAAACCGAGUUGCCAAGCACAUCUUCACCUGACAGGCUGGCUUGAUCGACAAAGCACAACGGUGUAUGACUACCAUUGAAGUCAGUCUUUUUUAUCUGAAUUCUUGUUACUUAAUUUUGUACAUGUGUAAGUAAGAGAAGUGUAUAAUAUGUAUAUAUAUAUAUACAUAGAAGAUUAUAUAAAAGACCUGUUUGAUAAAUAUGCUAAAUGUGAAAAUUUCAUGUGAAAUAAAAGAUAUUUUUGGAAAACCAGAA